GGACAAACGCGCAUUGGGAAAGCUCAACUUGUCGCGAUUUCUACGCAACAGGCGAGACUAAACCCCACAAUGCCUGCGAUUGAAUUUUUCAGCCGCAAAAAAUUAUAAAUGAGUAAAAUGUUUGAUGGAACUUUUAACGGACUUUGCGGUGGGGAGGAAUUUUCAAGCGUAAAUAUUUACACCGCGUCUAGUUUUAAAAAUAACGCUUGGAGAUAAUCGCAGCGUCCAGCGUCGUCGCAGCUUGCUUUUUGCCAUUUAAAAUAAACAUCGUGUACAGCAUGAAAUGCGCCACUCUUGAGCCAUCCAUCACACUUACCACCUCGAAAUAAAACAAAAGUCUAAAAUGAAAAAUUGGCCCUCGAUCAAGCGCAAUCUAACAUGACGCCAAGAUAUGACUUUAAAUCACAGCAAAACGUGGCCAGUGAGCACUUUGGCCGUGGUGCAGCUCCGGGUGGACUCACAUGGACGCACCUACAGCACACUCACCGGAAAUCCGGCUGAAGCCCCGGAGCUUCGCGCCAGGCAUGAGGACUCGGGCCUUGUCGAGGAAAAUCACAAUUCGGAAAAUGGGACAAAUGAGGUAGAAAACCUGAGAAUGGCAGGGCGGAGGACCGUCAGGACAGACACCGUUUCCACCAUUUUGGAACAGGACACCGAGUUCGAGGAGCAACCCGAGGAGCCAGGCAAAUGCGACCCCUCCUUGGAGAAAUUCCACGUCCUGGCGCUCACCCGCAUCGAGGAGAACCUCAACGAGGGCGAGUUCUACGCCCUCGGCCGCCGUCCCAGCAUCAAAGUGGACAACUGGGACUUUAUCUACACCGAGACUAAGCCCAACAGGUGUCCCAUCCACGACCCAGCCCCCAAAGAGCCCCCCGACCUGCCGUUGGACGCCCGCAAAACCACCACUUUGCGAAGACACUACUACCUGGAGGGCGGCUGGGGCUGGGUGGUGGUGGUGUGUUCAGUGCUGGUGCAUGUGUUGAACCACGGAGUGCAACUGUCGUGCUCGCAGCUGGUUCUCCCGGGGGCAGACAAGUUCAAAGUGGAGACGGUGCACUUUGCAGGAUGGCUGGGGGCGAUGUCGACUGGCGUUGCCUUGCUUAUCUCGCCAGUGACGAUCGCCUUCUGUCGGAGGAAGUCCACCAGGGUCACCGCUGUCAUGGGGGGGCUCAUCACGGCUCUGGGGUGCCUCUUCACCUCGUUUGCCACCCAGUUCCAUCAGCUUUUUUUCAGCUACGGCACUGUGGUGGGCAUCGGUGUGGGCAUAACCCGCGACUGUUCGACUCUGAUGGUGGCCCAAUAUUUCAAGAGACGUCGUGAAUUCGUCGAAAUCUUCAUCGUCUCGGGCAGCGGCCUGGGAAUCGCCACAAUGUCCGUCAUCAUCCGAAGCACAAUAGGGGCGCUGGGCUGGCGCCUCGGCCUGCAGGUGGUGACGGGCGCCAUCUCCGUCACCUUCAUCCUCGGCACGUUUUACCGCUCCGCCUCCCUGUACCACCCCCAGCGGCGCGCCAUCCUCCACAUCAAGAACCAGAAGCGAAAAAUCAAAGACAAGAACAAGAUCGAGGACAAGAUUCCCUUUUUCGAUUUUAGCACUCUCAAGAGUAAAACCGUCCGAAUUCUGCUGAUAUCGACCGGAAUUAGCGCCUUCGGCAUCAACACGCCUCUUUUCUACUUGGCGUAUCAAGCGGAAGUCGAAGGACUCGGCGACUCGACCGUUUUCCUCCAGAUGUACUUGGGCCUGGCUUGGACGGUCGGAUGCGUCGUUUUCAGCACUUUAGUGCUCCACAACUCGACCGAAUGUCGAAUCGCGAGACAAUAUCUGUGCCAAACGGCCGUCUUCAUGUGCGGCUUGUCCAUCCUGGCCUUCACGGUGGUCAGCGGCAACUACCACGCCUACGUCAUGUUCGCCUGGAUUUACGGGAUUUUCUGCGGUGGGUACCACUACUCGCUCAAGAUGUACACGUACGAGAGGGUCCGGGCCCGGAACUUCGCCCGGACUUGGGGCUUCGUCCAGUGCUCGCAGGCCAUACCCAUCGUCAUCGGAGUGCCGUUUUCCGGAUAUAUGAACGAGAAAUGCGGCGACCGCGCCGGCUACUACUUCAGCUCCACGUGCGUGAUCGUGGGCAGCCUCACCCUCUUCCUCAUCGACCUCCACCGCCGCAAGAUCUCCCGCCACAAGCACACCCGCGAGAACGGCACGCGCCACCUGUGCGUGUCCGAGACGUGCCCUCAGAGGCGCAAGUUGUCCUUUUCGCAGGAGCCGGAGAACGACGCCGGGGUGACGGCUGGGGCUGCGGCGGCGGCGUUGGUCUUGGGGGCGGAUCUGGCCCCCAACCAGCCUGCGGGGCUCAUAGACAACAUCAUCGUCUCGAACGACAAGCCGGAACUGACGUGCAUUUCCGAAGAGGGGAUCGCCGACAUGGAUCUUCCCGAUAAUCUCUUAGACGACUUAGAUUACAUAGGAGACUGUAUCACUUCGUGUAAUAAAGUAGAGAAUUAUUUAAUGCUUAGUGAAUUUGAGAAUAAUUUAAUUGCGGAAAUGCCUGUGAUAUUGGACAGGAAAGGCAGGCGGUGGUCGCUGGCCAGGUCCAAACUUGCGCAAAACGAGGAAGGGGACGAGGAGAACGGCGUUGGGGUGAAUAACUCCAAGUGGAAAGUAUUUCCCAAUCGUGUUAUUACUGUCAUUGACGAGUCGUCCGUUUAGAAUAUUAUUGUUCGUUCUUUACUGCCAAUAGUUGUAUAAAGACUACCUCAUAGAUCAACGGCUAAUUCAGAAGUGGAGUACAAUAAGAACUCGGUGUCACGUAUGUAGUGGAAAUGCUGUGUUACUAUUAUUUUGUAGUUAUUUAUAAUAAAUAUUAUAUUCAA